CGAGGAAGCAGACCAGAGACAGAGUUAGCAGGGCCAACCAGUUGUCGAGCGGCCGUUUGAAGAAGAGGAUCCAAACGUUUUUAAGGAUAACGAAGGGGAGUGAGCUUAAAGAAAUACACACAUACUACAUACAUACUUACAUUGAACUUGCAAGAGAGAGCGUGAGUGGAAGUAAGAGAGAGAAAGUGUGAAAGAAGGACAACAAAGACAGGGCGGGCGGGAACGUGAGAAAGAUAUUGAAAGAGAGAGAGAGUGAGAGGGGGAGAGGAAAAGACAGACAGCGACACCGAGUCAAGGAAGAAGUGUAUAAGUGUGUAUGUGCGAGAGGGAGAGACAGAUAGAAGGAGGGAGAAAAGGAAAAAAAGGUAGUGAAAAGAGCUAAAGAAGGGGAGGAAUGAAGUCGUAGAGUGGGUGGUAAAAAUAAAGCAAGUGGGCGAAAACAUUGCCUCACUUUUACCCACGGAAGAAAGGAAAAGGAGAGAAAAAAAUCGAAUGAGAAUUAUUGUUAUACAACAAACCGCUCUCAACGAGGGAGAGAGAGAAGAAGAAGAAGAAGAAGGAUAAAACAAAUAACAACACAAAAAGUGAGCGAAAGUCCAACAGCCUGCUUUUUCUAUGAAGAAAGCUACGGAGAAUUGCGAAUAAACGACCAUAAUAUACAGAUUGCUGUUUAUAUGAGGAGAAAGGAAAAAUUCAAAGCAGACGAAAACGUAAUCGACAACGAAAUUUAAGUGAAGAAUGACACAGUGAGGCGAGUUUGUUCACAGGAAGGGGACAUGGUUAUAUUUACGACCAUAACAAUAGGAAGAAUAACAACAAUAUUAAUAACAGGUAAAAUAUUAUAAUAUGUUGUAACGUGAAUAUUAAGAAGUAAGAAGAAAUAUUUGCCAGACUUUUUUUUUUAAUAUCUGAAAGAGUAAGAGAAAAGGUAACGAGAAAAAGAGGAAGAAAAUAUAUUAAAGAAAAGAAACUUGACUUGAAUUGCAGCGAAAACGAAACGUAUAUAUAGAGACAUAUAUAUAUAUAAUAUAUAUAUAACUGUUUCCCGUUUUGGAUUUUCGGAUUUUUUCUUGGAUCUUUCCAUGACUGCUAACUGUUUCUAUGAAACUAAAACCCGAACGAGUACACCAGACGUUCUUGGAUCAUAAACUUAUAUUAUUCCACAAUAAUUACACAUAUUUAUAGAGCUAUAUAUUUAUACAAUUACAAAUAUACAUAUACAUAUACACAAAUACAAGCACACCACAUACAUAUAUUUACACAUAUAUACCUAUACACGUGUGUAUAUAUAUAUUGAUGUAUAUAUAUUUAAACAUAUUUCAAUCGAAAUACAUACACACACGCAUAUAUAUAUAUUAAAGAAAUGUAUGAAUAAAUAAAUAUACAUAACUGUAGACGAUAUUUCUUAUGAAAAUAAGUAAACAUAAAUAUAGCAUUUAUACAUAACAAUAUUAAUUUAUUCGAGGUAUUUAUUCAAAUUUUCUCAUAUAUUUUUUCUUUACUCUAAUUUUUUUUUAAAUAAAAAAAAUAAUCACCUUUAAUUUUGGUUCGUGAGGCAAAAAUAACCUUUUUCCCAAAUGAACCCCUAUGCAUUUCGCGGUUGGCUACCGAAUGCAUACGCCGAAACUGCAAGCUGUGAUCGGAACUUCCCCGUCUAUGGAUCGUGGUCGUCCGGAUAUUUCGCCCCAUCGUCCGUUUAUUCCCUGCCAGCGGACACGCCGAAACAACAUGCGAACGGACCCGAUUGGAAAAUACAAUCUAUCUAUCCGCACACGAUGGAACAUCCGACGGUAACCAAGGACGUUACAGGAACCACAGUGGUGAGUGGAACUGCUCCAGGGGUACCAGUUUCGCACAUGAAAUCUUCGUACGACAGUGUAAUGUAUAAAGGCAGUUCGGGAAAUAACCACACGGGGACCAAAGCUGACAUGGAAAAUUCUUCGAAAGAUGAUAGUCAACGAAGCUGUUGUGUUCUUUCUUGUUCUUGUAAUAACCAACAGAGAAUAAAUAAUUAUGACACACCAUGGCGAGGGGCAGAUGUGUCAACAGGGGUCGAUUUGCCCGGCGCCAAAAACGGAGCGAUGUCCUCUUACCAGUCAUUCUGUCAGAGAGAUGAUGAGACCGAGGAAAACAUGAAACUUUAUGAGAGAACUUAGGAGCGCUGUUGUUUUAAACUUAUCAUAAAGGACUAAUGAAGAGAUAUUUUAAAAGAAAGUAAUCAUAAGUUCAAACUCAAACACAGUCGUGUUUUAAUUAUAUAUCUGAAAGAAAAAAAAAUGUUCUAUAUGUAUCUAUAAAUUAUCCAAGAAUAAACACUCAGUCCAAAAAUAAAACCACCCAUGAUACCAAGUUGCUGAAGAAAAAACUAUUAGUCGGCAAGACUAGAGAAAACAGCAGAAGCAUUGAAUCAACAUUGUAAUAUUACGGAGAGAUAAUUAUCACAAAGAUAUUCCACAUGUGAUAAAAAUGUGAAAGGCUGGUUUGAAAUGUUGAUGAGUGACGGCUGUUGGUUAACGAAUGAAAUCUUGUGGAUAGAUUACACUUUUGAUUAAAGAAAAUCCUGUUAGUGUUGUUUUUAUUGUUUUUUGUUGCUGCUGCUAUUGUUGUAAAGCAAAUGUAUUCUUCCAUUUUUUUUAAAAAUAGCCUGAAUGUGAUUUGAAGAUUAAGUUGUUGUUUCUAGCAGCUUGAGCAGCCACAUGCAGGGUUUUUGUUGGUUCAAAUUCAAAUGAUCAUCUGUUUGCAAAAAGAGUUGUUUAACUGUCCUAAAAUAUUAGACAUAUUCAUUUUCUAACGCUUGAGAAAUAUUAAGGAAAAAUUAUCUCAGAAUUUCAAACCGUUAAUUGAUCAGGCCGCACGCAUGGCUGAUAGUUCAGAAGUUCGCUUCACAAUCACGAGGUCUUGAUUUUGAUUCCUCUAUCACAAAGUUGUGUGAUAUAGAGUGGACGGAAACCGUUUGGAAGCCGUUGGAUGAAUAGCUCGAGCAAUUGAAAAAACUCAGCAUUAUCAUAAUCUAUGUCACUCUUAAAUCCUCUUCUACUACAGGAUUACAUUAAAAGUACUGGUGUCUGUGGAAUACUAGGCCAUUAUCAUACAAUUGCUUGAACAAGUGGUACAUUCAUUCAAUGAAACCAACGUAAGGAUUAUUCAGUAAUCAACACAUGAAAGAAGGUAUAUCAAUUUUCGCAGCUCUUUAGUUUUGUGGUGGUUUAUAACACUUCGAAAUAUUAAGGAAAGAUUUGUUUCAGAGUCUCAAAUCGUUGCUCGAUCAGCCCGCACUCAUAACCGAUAGUUCAGAAGUUUGCAUUUGAUCUGAGGGUGCCAAUUAAUAAGAUUUUAAUAUUUGGCGUACAGCACAUUGUAUAUGACUACUGGCAGAAGGCAUCAUUCUGUGUUUCAUAGCACCAUCACCAUUCUGUAUUUAUGGCGAAUGAAAACAUGUAUCUUGAGACUAAUCCAAACAUUUGUUAAUAUAGAUACUACCCACAGCAGGCAUUGGAGAAUUAGUGCUUAAUUAAUGUACACAUAUAUUUCGUUAGUUUAUUCUUCUAAUCAUCUUAUCGACCUACGCCAUGUUUGUUCACAUACAAAGCAACCACUUUUUCACCUAAUCUCAUCUCUAUCAUCACCCCUUUAACGAAUUCAUUAGGAAUUAAUGAAUCUCGAUGUCUAUGGAUAUUUUACUCGGGUGUUAUUUAGAGUCGACUCCAUUUCUACAAGAAAUCUACUGUUGCACGAUCAAAGAAAACACUUAUUUUCUUUUAUAAAGAGAAUUUUAUUUUAAUUAAUAACAACAAUAAUAAACUCAUGGUUUUUGUGUUUGCUUCCAAUGCUUGAUAACUUGAGCAAGUGUUUCCUGACAUAAUCUCAAGUCAAUGAUUGGAUUCCUGUGACUGAACUUGGACAAAUGACGGAAAUUGUACGCGGAAAUGCAUCGGAAAAUAUUUACCUGUUAAUUCAGACCUUCUCUUUAUCCAUGCUCUCCUUCCAGAAUUUUUAGCAGCCAUAAGGAAUGUCUUGGGCUUGACCCUGCAUCACCUGAGUAAGCCACACAUUUUGUUUCUAUAUCUAAAACUAAAAUAAGAUCUUAGUAUAUAUAUAUAAAUUAAUGAGGAUAAUGUAGUCGAUUGAAUCAACUCUCAUCAUGUGACCGGUACAAUGAAAGGCGGCAGAGUGGAAAUAAGCGGGAUUUUGAACGCGGAACUUGAAGAAGAGAUUUAGCAAAAUAUUACUGGAAGACAUUUGUUUUUUUGUGAAAAGAAAGGAGAGGAGGAGGUGAAGAACGAUACUUCGACCCAUUUUGCUAACUCACCACUACCCUCACCCCCAGCAGAAAGGAAAGGAAAUGCAGAAAACUAACGAACGAAAGACAUAACUCCACAAUUUUCACACAGUUCCACCAGAUACAAGGUCUGAGAUUUGGGGGAAGGUGACUAGUCGAUUACAUCCACCCCGGUGUUUCACUGGUACUUAAUCUACCGACCCCGAAAGGAUGAAAGGCAAAGUUAACCUCGGCGGAAUUUGAACUCAGAACAUAAAGAGAGACGAAAUGCCGCUAAGCAUUUCACUCGGCGUGCUAACAAUUCUGCCAGCUCGUCAAUAAUGGUCUCAUAUUUUGGCACAAUACCAGCAAUUUCGUGGAGAUGGUGAGAGGGGGGGGUACAAGUCGAUUACAUGGACCUCAGUGCAUAACUGUUACUAUUAUAUCGACCCCGAAGGCAAAGUUGGCUUGUUACUGCAGGAGCUUUGGGUACUAUAAUUACCAAUCUGACAAACUAGAUUGAAAAGAGUGGAGUAACUGUAAAGGUAGAGCAAUUAUGGAAAAACAAUGUUGCCUAAAACUGCAGGAAUCUCUCGCAGAGUUCUUGAAGUCUGAAUAUAAUGUGUUACUUCAGUUCUCUAGUUGUGAACAGCUGACAUACUGUUAGAUUCACCAGCGAUUCUUCUGUGCUACACAAAGUAAUAAUAACAAUAAAAACAAUAACAACAACGACAACAACAACAACAACAAUAAUAAUAACACUAACAACAACAACAAUGCUUGUAAUAAUAUUUAGAAGAAGAAGAAGAAGAAGAAGAAGAAGAAGAAGAAGAAGAAGAAGAAGAAGAAGAAGAAGAAGAAGAAGAAGAACAACAACAACAACAACAACAACAACAGCAACAACAACAACAAAGUGAAAAAGAAGGAACAAAACAGAGAAAAGAAAGAAGAAUUUAAUUAGACAUGAAGUCAUUUUUCAAGGAAUAAGCAACGCCACCUUUCGGAGAUAUGAAGUUACAUUUCAUGGUUAAUGAUUCUGGUACCUUCACCUCUCAAUCAAUCAUAACAGUUUAAACAAGACUUUCUUUCUUUCUUUCUUUCUUUCUUUCUUUCUUUCU